UUGUAAGUUUUAAUAAUUCAUCCCCCCUUAUGAUUCUCUUCUCCGAUGACGUUUGUAGCCUUUGUCGGUAUUGAUUUUGGGCGAUUUUAAAAUGGCUGAGAACUAUCCCACAACUUCACUUGAUUACUGGAGAAAGUUCUUCAAUUGUGCAAAUGCUGAUGUCUUCCAAGUGAUCAAAUAUGCUAUCCUUGUUGCUUCGGUCGACUCCCCUGCUGAGUUCUUAUCGUACCGUGAUGAGAUAACGGAGAUUCUAUACGCCCGCUUUCCAAUGCAGUGCUCUAGUGAUCGAGCUGAGCUUCAGACUCCUGAAGAUGUAGUCGAAGAUGAUGAUGAUGAAAGCAGUGAAGAUACUCAAAAGGAGAGUAAUGAAAGAGAGAGAGGUAACAGUGAGGAAUGUGAAGCGACUAUAAGUAAUCAGCAGAGUAUUAGUGAUAGAUCGCAGUUCUCGAAUCUUGAUGAGUUUGAGGCUCUGACAAAUGAGAUUGAGGAGGAACAACAGACUGUUGGUGAGGUGUUGAGGAUCAAAGAGCUGCUCGCUAACUGGAGAGAAGAGUCUGAAAAAGUUCUAUCUGAAUCGUUAAGGAGGCUGCAAUUGAUGGAGCUCUCAAUAGAAACCCUCAGUGCUACAAAAAUUGGGAAGUCCGUGAAAGCUCUGUACAAGCACAAAUCAAAAUCAAUCCGGCAACUUGCCCAGACCCUCGUCAAGGGCUGGAAACUUCUUGUCGAGGAGUGGGUGACUGCUACUACUGUUUCUCAAGAACCGAGCCCUGUCUCUAUUGAACCAUCUCCAGCCAAAGAAGAGUCUCCACUUAUUUCAGAGCUUGAUUUUCCUCCAUUAGAUAUGGGAGCUCUCCUAGCUACACAAACCGCUCCUUUUGAGUUCUCAAAGUUCUUCGAAGGAAUGGAUGAUGAUGGAAAUAUCACAAGCACAGGAAACAAGAGCAAUGUAAGCAGGCCCUCAGUGAAGAAAGACAAUGUAGAGGUCACAAGGCAGGAAGUACCGAAGGCCUCAAAGCCAACAGAUACCACCCAUAAAGCACCAAAGAAUAAGGAAGACAAACAUCCUGUAUCAGAAAGCAAUACCCAGCGAAGGCAAAAGUCUCAAGAACAUUCUAGAGAGUUCCGGAAUCAAGAAGCAGGAUUUAGAGUAUCAAAGCCUAUUGAUGCUUCUCAUAAGACAUCAAAACCUUCAGAAAGAGGUACUGCUCAUAAUAACACUCAGCAGAGGCAAAAACCUUCAGGGGUUCCAUCAAAGCCCUGCACUUUUAAGAAAGAUGCAUUAAAGGAGUCUGAGGAAUCAGAUUAUAGAAUUAAGCUGGAAGUUGCAAAGAGAAAGCUUCAAGAUCGGUAUCAAGAAGUGCAGGAUGCGAAGAGGCAGCGGACGAUUCAGGUGAUGGAGCUCAAAGAUCUGCCGAGGCAAAGCCAAAACAAGAUUCAACAGCCUGUGAUAAAGCGUGGCAAAUUUUUCAAUAGAAGUGCAAACAAGAAGUCUAAAUACCAAGAGGACCUCCAUUUUUUUUGUGGCCAAUUGGUAGAAGGAUCGAUACUUGUACAAUUAGAAAGAGAGACAUUAGUUGAAAUUGCUGGAACAUAUACAAAAUAUGGAGCCUGGUAUAAUUUUGCCAGGCCAAAAUUUGAUGCGUCUGACAUUAUUAUUUUUGCAGAACCGAGCCCUGUCUCUAUUGAACCAUCUCCAGCCAAAGAAGAGUCUCCACUUAUUUCAGAGCUUGAUUUUCCUCCAUUAGAUAUGGGAGCUCUCCUAGCUACACAAACCGCUCCUUUUGAGUUCUCAAAGUUCUUCGAAGGAAUGGAUGAUGAUGGAAAUAUCACAAGCACAGGAAACAAGAGCAAUGUAAGCAGGCCCUCAGUGAAGAAAGACAAUGUAGAGGUCACAAGGCAGGAAGUACCGAAGGCCUCAAAGCCAACAGAUACCACCCAUAAAGCACCAAAGAAUAAGGAAGACAAACAUCCUGUAUCAGAAAGCAAUACCCAGCGAAGGCAAAAGUCUCAAGAACAUUCUAGAGAGUUCCGGAAUCAAGAAGCAGGAUUUAGAGUAUCAAAGCCUAUUGAUGCUUCUCAUAAGACAUCAAAACCUUCAGAAAGAGGUACUGCUCAUAAUAACACUCAGCAGAGGCAAAAACCUUCAGGGGUUCCAUCAAAGCCCUGCACUUUUAAGAAAGAUGCAUUAAAGGAGUCUGAGGAAUCAGAUUAUAGAAUUAAGCUGGAAGUUGCAAAGAGAAAGCUUCAAGAUCGGUAUCAAGAAGUGCAGGAUGCGAAGAGGCAGCGGACGAUUCAGGUGAUGGAGCUCAAAGAUCUGCCGAGGCAAAGCCAAAACAAGAUUCAACAGCCUGUGAUAAAGCGUGGCAAAUUUUUCAAUAGAAGUGCAAACAAGAAGUCUAAAUAAGCAUAUAACAUUCUGUGAUUUUUGCAUAACAUUCUGUGAUUUUUGCAUAAAUGCAGCCAAGAGGACCUCCAUUUUUUUUGUGGCCAAUUGGUAGAAGGAUCGAUACUUGUACAAUUAGAAAGAGAGACAUUAGUUGAAAUUGCUGGAACAUAUACAAAAUAUGGAGCCUGGUAUAAUUUUGCCAGGCCAAAAUUUGAUGCGUCUGACAUUGUAUAUAUGAUUUUAUGUUGCCAUUAAUACAUUCCUUCUUUGUUCA